UCUAUGACGUAUAUUAGUGUUCUGUGAGUCUAUUAGGGUGAUUAUCGAAUACCCGAAGACUGGCAAAUUGCUCUAGACAACAUAGCCAUUAUCAAGGAAAGAAAAAGCUUUUUUUGACAUUUCUUCAAAACAAAUGGAUGUUUUUUAAAUUUUUCAUAAUAGAACAGCUUUGAGUUUGAGUCACUAUGGCAAAAGACUUUCAGUCCAAUUUUGUAUUUCAAGAAGUGCAGGUUAAAACAGAGAUGGACGAUUAUGUCUUUCCAAAAGAUGAAAUAGAAUUUUGUAAAGAAGAGUUCAUUGAGCAUGAUCCCUUAGAAAUUUCUGGUCAAGAGUUUGAAUGGGACUCUCCAGGCAUGAAGGCAAACUCCUUCAAUGAAACUGCCGCAGAGUUUGAAAUGCAACCAUCAGACUACCUAGAACAAAGUGAAAUAGAGACAAAGAAACAAGGAUCUACUGAAAAACUGUCAACUGGAAAAUCUUCCCAACGAGUUCGUUCAAGAAGAAAACCAUUUAAGUGCAAAGUCUGUCUAAAAUCCUUCACCCAAAAAUACUAUUUGAAAGCUCACAUGAAAGUUCACAAUGGGGAAAACCCAUACGGAUGCAAAAUUUGUUCAAAAAAUUUUUGCUUCAAGUCUCACUUGAUAGCCCACCAAAGAGUUCAUACAGGAGAGAAACCAUUCAAAUGCAAAGUCUGUUCGAAGUCAUUCUCUUUCAGCUCUCAUUUGACUACCCAUCAGAGGAUUCACACGGGUGAUAAACCGUUUCAGUGCGAAGUUUGUUUGAAAAUGUUUUCUGUUAAAUCCCACUUAGUGAGACACGCGACAAUCCAUACCCAAAGAAAACCGUUCAAGUGUGCUUUUUGUCCAAAGGCUUUCGUUCGUGACUCUCAUUUGUCAGCACAUGAGAGAACUCAUACUGGUGAAAAACCGUAUGUUUGCAAGUUGUGCCCAAAAACGUUUUCUUCGAGUUCUAAUUUUGCUAAACACAAGAGUACGCACAUUAACAAACCAUUUCGAUGUGCACAUUGUCCCAAAAUUUACUUGCACAAGUCUGACUUGCAAGAGCACUUGAAACUCCAUAACGGACAAAAACCGUUUAAGUGUGAAGUCUGUUUGAGUACAUUUUCAUUCAGGUCUCAUUUAAUCGCUCAUCAAAGAAUACAUACUGGCGACAAACCUUACAAGUGUGAGGUUUGUUCGAAACUGUUCACUGGCAAUUCGCAUCUGGUGAGACAUCGAAUGAUUCAUACGAGAAAGAAGCGUUUCCAGUGUGAAACGUGCCAAAAAUCGUUUUCGUCUGCUUCUACUUUGAAAAGGCACGAGAUGAUUCAUACCGGAGAAAAACCAUUUAGAUGCUCUAUUUGUCCGAAGACUUUCACGCAGAAGAGUCAUUUGAAUGUCCAUAACAGGGCUCAUUUUGGGGAAAAACCAUACCAGUGUCAGUUUUGCUGGAAAUCUUUCUCGUCAAAUAGGAAUUUAGCAAAACAUGAGAAGUGUCACGAAGACAUGGAUUACUUUAUGGAAUCUGAUCAGAAAGUAUCUCUUUUGGGAGAGUUCUCAGGAACAGACACUGCAGAUCUCCUGACAUGUAAUGACAGGAAAAUAUCGAUAACGAGCGAUGGUACUGAAGAGUAUGCUACUAACGAAGAUACCAAAGAAUUUGUCAUGAAUAAAAUCAAGAAAGAGUUCCCGGCUAACGAAGACCAAGAAGAAUUUACUUAUGAACAUGAAAAUGACUUCAGCUCAAACAGGUGAUUGUAACAUGUGAAUAUUUUGUAUUGAACUGAACUGAACUUUAUCAAAAAUGGGAUUUUGUUCUCUCAGUGAUGUAUAUGUUGAACAACCAUUUUUCUCUACAGACAUUUCUGUUGUUUUUACUAGGCAAUGCAUAUUACUUCAGCGAAAAGUCACAAGAAUCAUGGCUGAGCCAUUUGAGUAUAUAUAACUAAGAUUAUGGAUAAUUUCGUUGGCCAAUUAAAAUCCACGAUGAAGUGCACACACUGUGGACUAUCAUCAGUAACCUUCAA